AUGAAGUCCAUGGCCGUAUCCAAGACCAUGUCCGUACCCGAGACCAUGACCGUAACCGAGACCAUGUCCAAGAGCAAGAGCAGGUACACCGAUGACAACAGCUCCAUGUCCAUUGGGGCCAGUUGGUCCAACGGCACCGUGUCCAUUGACUACUCCACUAGGUCCAGCAGCACCGGCACCAGUGACUACUCCAGAAGGUCCUGCAGCUCCAGCUCCGGAGGUCACACCUGAUGGUCCGUGGUCACCGUGGAAGUAGUGUCCACCGUGUCCAACGCCGAAGGCUCCCAAGUGUCCGGCUCCCAAGCCACCCAGAUGUCCUGCACCCCAUCCCAGACCGAGACCAAGGUGAGAGGCGGAUGCGCAGGCAGCGGUGGCCAAUACGG